AAGUAAACAUCAAGUCGGUGCAGUUCACAUCUUUGUUGAAAUGUCAUUAGUAUUCAAGAAUGAAUUCCAAUGGCUUGCCACAGUUAUCCUGCCGGAUAUUCUGAGAAUAGGACGUCUGGUGGACAACUUUAACGAGUCUUUGGUAGAGACGUUCAAAGUGGGGAGCAUUGAAAUUAAUAUAAUCGGACCCGAAGAGGCCUAUAUGUUGACCCUGUGCUAUCGAGCGACCGUAAAUUUUGAAUACGCUGGCGAAAAGCUGCAAAAGAAACUGAUUGUUAAGAGAACGCCUAAGAUAUCACAGGAAAUAUACAAAUCUCUGCAAUUUCACUAUCUCUUCAAUAACGAAAUUCGCUUCUACACUGAAAUCCUACCAAUAAUCCAAAAUUUAAGCCAUGGUAGCUUUGCUGCUCCCAAGUAUUACUAUAGUGAGAUGAGUCCCACAUCGGCCGUUCUUAUUCUGGGUGAUUUCGGUGCAGAUGGUUGGAGUGUGACUAAGAAGAGAUUUGGAUUAAGUCUAGAGCACGCGCGUAUUGCUGUCAAGUAUCUGGGCAGAUUCCAUGGGCUUGGAUAUGCUUUGAAACAUAACCAAAAGGACCUAUUUGAUAACAUAACAAGCAAGUUGAAGGAGGCACGAUUUGGCAUAACAUCCUUGACUUCACAUUGGGAACUAUCGCAGAAAGCCGCAAUUUUGCGAGCAGGCAAAGCAGUCAGUACUUAUCAGCCGCAAGUGGAUAAGGAUUUCGUUAGGAAGUUUCAGCAGCUAACCUACAGUUAUUUGGGUUAUGGUCGUCAGCGUGUUGCGCCCCGGGAGCCCCUCUCCACCCUCUGCCACGGCGACUAUUUAAGGAAUAAUGUGGCAUAUAAGUACGAUACAGACAGCAGUGGGAAUCCCUUGGACAUCAUGAUGUUUGACUAUCAGACAAUGCGGUUAUCUUCGCCCAUGAUUGACCUCUCCAUAUUCCUGGCCCUCUCCCUCUUGGCAGAUGUGCGUUAUAAGAACUUCGACAGUCUUUUCGACGACUACUGCAAUGCUCUCUUUGAAAGCUAUGGGGAAUAUUCAAACCAAGCACUUCCGGACUUUCUAAAUCGAGAGAACUUGCUUAAGGAGUACAUACGAUUUUUACCAUAUGCUGUGUUUAUAAAGUGCUUCUUCCUUAUGGCUCUCGUCGAUCCGCCUUCCACCUCUCCUGAGGAAAACUUAACCAAAGAAAAAUCUGAAGAAGAAAUCAUUCAGACAGCCUACUCCCAAGGUGGAGAAUUGGUUGACCGCGAAAUUGCGCAUCAGAUAAUGGAAAUGUUUGAGCUAAGUUGCUUGCAUAACGUCCAAAUAGAUGAAGAUAUUGAUACCACAGAGUGGAUUAAUAAUACUUUACACUUUUAAAAUAAUUAAUUAAUUAUUUUUCUGUUUUUGA